AUGAUCAGACUUCUUAUGCUUGUCAUUUCACUCAUAUUAAUCAGAUAUAGUGAAAAUUCUGAGCCAGUGGAGUUUAGUGUUGAGGAGCCGACCAACUAUCAGGAAAAUGUCAGGCAUUUGCACCGUUUGCGGCAUUCAAGAGAUUCGAAACCCCUGCCUUACAAAUCCGCAGCAUUCACAAUUACUAACCCUAAAUCACAUAAAUAUGAAUCUUUCUCUUUGAAUUGUCCACAUGUAGCUGAUGCUAGUAAUAGCCAGGUUAGAAUCGAAGUUACAUGGACACUCAAUGACACCAUCUGGCUGAAAAUUGAAAAUGGAGAAAAGAGAAUCUACAACAAGCUAACUACAUUCAAUAAAAGAACCGUUGCUGGCAAAAAAGUUCUAAGAGUUUUGUUGAACAAUGGGCGUUAUUUCUUUGAUUAUGAUGAAUUGACUGGCGAUUUUUCAAUGGAAAUACGUCCAGUAAAUGUAGCUGAGGAUGCUGGGGUAUGGCAAUGUCAUGUAACAGUUUAUCAAAGAGGCAACACCCAUACACUCACAAGCAGAAGCAGAGUGAAAACUCCACAUGCUCAUCGGAGCCGUGAUAGCCAAGAGCAAAUUCUGCACUCUCAAAGAGAUGUUUAUGAAACAUUCCCUUUGAUAUCUUCCGGUUUGCCAGCUGAUGAAGAGCAAUCACCCAAGGGUACGUCCUCCUUCAGCCGAACGGAUAAAGAAUUAGUACACAUAAGCAGGGAUCAAUCAACUAGACCAAAAGCUGUUGUUUUCAACAGAAGGAAUAGAGGUGGUAGUAGUGGUCGUGGAGCUAAAUCAAGGCACACCGAGGAGACAAUGGACUAUGAAACGAGCCUAGAUUACAAAGAAUAUAACAGCCCCCGAUCUCGCUUGAGAAGCACUAAUUAUCUGAACAGUGCUAACCAUUUUCCAUAUCUACUAUCACUUCUGUUUUAUUUAACUCUCAACGCCUUUUGA